CAGUCAGGCAUUGAUGCUUUUUACAUCUUGCAGUGGAUCCUUUAAAAAAUCUGAUCAAUAGAGUAGAAAGCUCUAGAAAAACUGUAAAAAUAACAGAGGUCAUCGUGAGAAAAUCAACAUCAUGGGUGUUCAGGCCGUGCUCGCUGUCCUCCUUCUGUUCACAGCUAUCGUGAAGGCUCAAGAAGGAGGAGUAACAUUCUGGAGGAACACAUUCACAAUGACCUGUCCAAAAGAGGGGACCUGGCAUGGCGAAUCACUAAAUAACAGUGAAACAAAAGAACAAACAAUGACACUUACGUAUGGGAAUGAUAUGAAAGAAUUUUACUGUACAUAUGGAGACACAAAAUAUUAUUUCUACGUGAAAGGAAAGGCGUGUGAUAACUGUUAUGAGCUGGACGCAAUGUUGUUUUGGCUGGCCAUCACUGUGGAUGUGAUCGGGACAGUACUGGUGAUGAUGAUUAUCUACAGGUGCACCAAGCAGAAAAGCUCAACUGGACUUACUCCUGCUUCCAAACCUCCCGCUCGUCAAGGAGGCCGGGCCCCACCUGUCCCAUCUCCUGACUAUGAGUUACUGAACCCUCGCACAAUCUCCCAGGAUGCUUACUCUGUCGUGAACAGGAUGGGAUAGAGACAAGUCGCCUGACUGCGCCAGCUUACUGGUUUAAAGACAAGACAACAUUCACAAACGACACACAUGAACAUCACUUAUGCUUCCAGGAUGCAAACACAGUCUUUCGUUAUUCUCAAUUUAAAGGAUCGUUUAACCCAAAUGGCAAAAACAAAAAAAUGCUCUCACUUACCCCGGGUAUUACCUGGCUUGAUACAGCAGCUUAAGUUUCAGUUGUCCAGGUAGGCUGCCGCCACUGUACAACAGAGGUGAGUGGUAUUAAGUUUGUGGUGCUCACAGUAUUUAAAAAUUACGAGUAAAACUACUUAAAGACUACUUUCUUAUGAAGAAAUAUGCCCCAUGAUCCAGAGUACUGGGGGCUUUGUUUCUGUAUGUUGCUGUAGAUUAGAAUUUACCAAGGGUUCCUUAAAAAGGUUGCAACACACAGCUAAGCUAAUUUAAAAAAAAAUUAUAUUAUAAUUUGAUAAAACAUUAUAUAUCCUCACAUUUGUGUUAAUGAGGAAAUUAAGUACAAUCCCAGGAACAGGAGUACAAAUUUGUGCAACACUAAUAUUCAGUGUAUUUAUUGUCGCGAUAAACUCUCAACUCUAUCAGCGAUCGUAGUCUGACCUGACCUGACUCAGUUGUAAUACGCUAAAGUGUUGUAUUUGAGAGUGCAUGAAAACUAGAAAGCAAAUGGCAGACAAAAAGCUAUAAGUGAGAUAUAAAUGGCUGAAAUGUGAAAUUGCCACCACAUGUAUCCCUUUCCUAGAAAAGGGGUACAAUGAAGGGGUACUAUAGCACAACUGACGGGGCUGUGUGGGGUACAUUAGACCAUUUAAAAUGUAAUCUUUCAACGCUGUGAGCACCAUAAACAAAUGUCCAUUCACGCAAACCAAAACUAUUAGCAUGGCUAUAUAAGAUUAGAGGUAGGUGACAAAAAAAAUGUUCUUUAUGUUUGUUUGUUUUUUUAUAUGCACUGGGUUUCCACUUCAUUAGGUACACCCGUCAAAUGCAAUCCAUAGUCCCUCCAUAAAGUUCACUUUUAUGAUGCCUAAAAGGUUCAGUUUUUAUGACACUGUCAUCAUACUGGUGUUUAUUAAAAAAAUAUGUUCUAACAUUGAGGUCAUAGUUAAUAAAUAUAUUAUUGAAUUAAAAUUUUCAACAGUGUCACCAAAAAUGCGAACUAUAUAGUUUGCAUUUUUAUAUAUGUAUAUAUAUAUAUAUAUCGUACUUUGAGUGUACUGAACCUUUAAUAUAACAAGUUAGCGGAGAACUCUUUAACUUACAAUUACAAUCAUUUCAGAUAGAGAGAUACUGAUGUACCUGUUUUCUGUACAUAUUUUAUGUUUAUGUCAUCAAAAGUUAUUACACUGUAAAAAGAGGAGCUAAUUUUUGUCUGCCAUGUAAAAUGUUACCGCGCAAUAUUGGUUGCUGUUGUUUCUUUUUUGCUUUUUCAUUCUAAUCUGCCAUGUUAAUUUUCUUGUUACUGUAAUGGCCUCAACAUGUGUCACUAAUAAAUAAACCACAGUCAACAAUG